AUGGAAAAUAAAGUUAAUUUUAUAACUUCUGAAAAAGGCAAACCACUAGUUUUACUAAAUUUACAUAAAUAUCGGUUUAUUAGGGAAAGAAAAGACGGAAUUAAAAAAUGGCUGUGUACAAAAAAAUCAUGUUAUGCUAGCAUUUUGACAAAUGGAGAGUAUGUCCAUGAAACAAUUAAUGAACACCACCACCCUGAAAAUUCACAACAGAGCAUUGAACGACAAGUACUACGAGAAGCUUGUAAAAGAAAAUCAAAUAAUACUAUUUGUGUCAGACCCAUAAAAAUAAUUAGAAACGAACUUAUGGGGAGCAAUGGCAAUCACUCUGAAAUCGAGCACAGAGAUGUACGGUCGAUUCGAAAAGCAAUGUACGAUAAACGUCGAAAAAAUUAUCCCGCUUUUCCAAAAUCACUAACGGAGUCAAUUGAACAACUUAAAGCAAUGGAAGAUGACGAUAUAAUACAAUUUCAAGGUAAACAAUUUGUUUUUAUUCCCGACAAUAAACUGUUUGUUUGUGUUACUACAGAACAAAAUCUUACUUUUAUGACAAGUACAAGUGAAUUUUUCGCUGAUGGUACUUUCAACUAUGCACCAAAAUUUUUUGCCCAACUUUAUACAAUCAAUUGUUUUAAAAAUGGGUUUUAUGUGCCAGUGGCAUACUUUUUAUUACCAAAUAAAUCAAAGCAAAUUUACGCAGACAUGUGGUUGUUUUUACAAGAACUAUGCGAACAAAUUAUUUUUAAAAAAUUGUUGGUUCUUAAACUACAUUUGGAUUUUGAAAUCGGUGCCCAUGAAGCGGCAAAAGAAGUUUUCCCCAACAUCGAAAUAGAUGCAUGUCGUUUUCACUUAGGACAGUCUUGGUGGCGCAAGAUUAAUUCUGAAAAAGAACUUCGCUUGGCCUACACUAAAAACUCCGAUUUGGGAAAAUGGUUAAAACUUUUUUUUGGAUUACCAUUUUUACCUUUUCAAGAUAUCCAAAAUGCGUUUGGUGAACUCAUAUCAAUUUGUCCCGAUUUAAAUAUUGGAUGUUUGUUUUCUGACUAUAUUUUAAAUACAUACGUGGAGAAUGGUUGUUUAUUUCCACCGGAAAUUUGGGCACAAGAGCCAUCCGAAAAUCCCCGUACGACAAACGGAUCUGAAAGUUUUCAUCGAACUUACAACGCUCAAUUUCAUAGCUCCCAUCCUUCCGUCCAUGUAGUUAUUUCAAUUCUAAAAGAAACGCAAGAGGAAACAUGUACCAAAAUUCAAUCAGUAUUUAAAGGUCGGAUUAAAAAAAUGGAAAAUUCUGAUUUAAAUCGUAUAAAAGAAGCCAUGAAAGAAUAUAACAAGUACAAAAUUCAUAAAAAUAUUAUAACAUAUUUGUCAAAAAUUUGUUAUAUAAGUGGUACCAAGGUAUAA